GGUACCCUUGCAGCUCUCGAAAUCGCCCGAUAGUCAGUCCCCGCACCUCCUCGUCCCGUGCUGCUGCCACCAUGUCCAAGUCCACCAAGUACCUCCUCGUCUCGCUCCCCACCUCCAUCACCCCCUCCCACCAUCGCGACGAUGCCCUCGAUGCCGUCUCUGCCACCGUCGCUCCCGAGAAUGGCUCCGUUGCCCCCUUCCCCAUCCCAGAAUUUAAGAUCGGUACCUUGGAUGCCUUAGUGCAGCAGGCUGAUGAGCUGGCCAAGCUGGAGGCCGCCUGCCAGGGGGUCGUCGCCAAGGUCGGCGAUGCGCUGAAGAAUAUCUUGGAGGGGGACGAAGCGCAGAUCGAGAAGAUGAAGACCGUGAACGAUAAGCCGGUGGACCAAUAUCUACGCACAUUUUCCUGGAACAAAGUCAAGUACCGGGCCGAUAAGCCUCUGGCGGAAUUGAUCGACUUGCUACAAAAGGAGGCCGCUAGUAUCGAUAACGACAUCCGCACAAAGUAUACCCAGUACAACCAGGUGAAGAAUACGUUGGCGACGCUUCAGCGGAAGCAGACGGGUAAUCUGUCCACUAAAUCGCUCGCCUCGGUCGUCGACCCGCGCACCCUGGUCCAGGAUUCCGAAUACAUCGAGACGCACCUCAUCGCCGUGCCCGCUCAGCAGAUCAAGGAGUUCCUCAAAACUUACGAGACUGUCGCGCCGAUGGUGGUGCCGCGGUCGGCCACGCUCGUGGCCUCGGACAACGACUUCACGCUGUACGCCGUCACGACGUUCAAGAAGCACAGCGUCGAGUUCGUACACAAGUGCCGUGAGAGCAAGUGGAUCCCGCGCGACUUCAAGUACGUCGCCGGCGGCAAGGAGGAGGAGCGGCGGGAGGUCGAGCGCGUGGGCGGCGACGAGCGCAAGCUCUGGGGGGAGACGCUCCGGCUGGGCCGGACGGCGUGGAGCGAGGCGGUCAUGGUUUGGAUCCACGUGCUGGUGCUGCGGGUGUUUGUGGAGACGGUGCUGCGAUACGGGCUGCCAUUGGACUUUGUCUGCACUUUGAUCCGGACCGCGAGCUCGAAACAAGCGGACAAGGCGAAACACAACCUGGAUGACAAGUACUCGUAUCUGGCGGGUAAUGCGUUCGGGCGCGACAAGAAGGGCCGGGUGAAGCGCGACGACCCGAGCGAGAUGCACGGCGAGGGAGCCGCGGCGGCCGAUUAUACGGCAUACGUGUAUUAUGACUUUGAGUUCCAGUGAUUACUGCCAUGGUGUCUAUUCUACCUGAGCUUUUUUUCUCUCUUUGUGUUGUGGAUAUGUAUAGCGUACAUAGAGUCGAAUGGCAUGCUUGAUUGAGCCUUGCGUGACAGUUUGUCUACUCGAUUGUUUUCAAUGCCGGUGAAAAAAAAAAAUAUCUAUUUGUAUAUAUACAGAUU